CACACACACACACAGACCCUCACACACACACACAGACCCUCACACACACACACAGACCCUCACACACACACAGACCCUCACACACACACACACACACAGACCCUCACACACACACACACAGACCCUCACACACACACACAGACCCUCACACACACACACACCCUCUCACACACACACACACGCUUGGUAAUAUGAAGACAGUGGAUUCUUGUCUUCCAGCCAAACGUUACAUCUGUGCUCACAUUUUUCACACAGAGGAAGAGCGCCAGGAUCCACGGCGGUGGAACCAGCGGCGUUUUCAGGGUUUUUGCUUCCUUCCAAAUCCUCACACCAUGCCUGAGGGGUCGCGGCGCGGCAGUCACAGAUCGCCCAGUAACUCAGCCGCCAAGCGUCCCUCCUCAGUCUCGUCCCUGAGUGGGAUUGUGGGUAGGAUGAUGUCGGCCGGCGAGCGAGGAGCGUCUUCGUCCUCCUGCACCUCCGUCAACACCGUGUGUUCGGACGGCGAGCGCCCCGUCUCCCUGUCCCUGUCCUCCUCCACCUCCUCCGUUUCGCUGCAGGAUGCCUCCUGCUCCUCUUCCUCCUCCUCUUCCUCUCUGCCGUACGGCGCCGUGCCGACUUACAACGCCUCGUCCUCCACGGCCAAACGGAACGGCUCCGACAUCAGCUUGGACCUCACGCCGCUCCUAACUCCGCCCACUGGAGCGCCCCUGCCAGUCGGAGGCGGGGUCUCCAAGAUGGCUGCGGCAGGCCACGCAGCCAAUCCGGCGGCGGCGCUGCCAGGGGGGGCCACGCCCCGGCAGCUGUCCAGGCUGGACAGAGUCAUUCUGGAGAUCGUGGAGACGGAGCAGACCUACGUCAGAGAUUUAAAGAGCAUCGUGGAGGAUUACCUGGGCUGCAUCAUCGACUGCGGCGCUCUGCCGCUGAAACCAGAGCAGGUCAGCUCUCUGUUCUGCAACAUCGAGGAUAUCUACGAGUUCAACAGUGACCUGCUGGAGGAUUUGGAGCGCAGUCCUGACGCGGCGGCCAUCGCAGAGUGCUUCGUAGAGCGGAGUGAAGCCUUUGACAUUUACACGCUGUACUGCAUGAACUACCCAAACUCGGUGGCGGUCCUCAGGGACUGCAUGAAGAACGGCAGUCUGGUCCGGUUCUUCCAGGAGCGGCAGGCGACCCUGAACCACUCGCUGCCCUUGGAGACGUACCUGCUCAAACCCGUGCAGAGGAUCCUGAAGUACCACCUGUUGCUGCAGGAACUCUCCAAACACGUGGACAAGAACGACGCGGGCUACGAGGUGGUGGAGGACGCCAUCGUCACCAUGACGGCGGUGGCAUGGUACAUCAACGACAUGAAGAGGAAGCAGGAGCACGCCGUGCGGCUGCAGGAAAUCGAGUCCCUGCUGCUGAACUGGAGCGGACCGGACCUGACCGGAUUCGGAGAUCUGGUUCUGGAAGGUUCCUUUAAGGUCCAGAGGGUGAAGAAGGAGCGUGCCUUCUUCCUGUUCGACAAAAUGCUGCUGAUCGCCAAGAAGAGGCUGGAGCAGUUCGUCUACAGCACACACAUCUUCUGCUGCAAUCUGCAGCUGGUGGAGACUCUGAAGGACCCGCUGAGCUUCCGGGUGUCGGACCAGACCAUCCCCAAGCAGCAGCACGUGGUCCAGACCAAGAACCAGGAGGAGAAGCGGCUUUGGGUGCACUACCUGAAGAGGCUGAUAGUGGAGAACCACCCGGCUUCGCUGCCGCAGAAGGCCCGGCAGGUCCUUGGAGACAACUUCUGCCAAUCUCCGCAGUUUGAUCAGGAGAGCCUGAAGAAGUCGUGCGCCUCGCCGCGUCUGGACGACCUUCACGGUUUCCAUCGAGGCCGGCGUCAGUCAGAACCACCAGAGCUGCUGCUGUACACACCAGAGAAAUCCAGGAAGGGUCUGCCUCUGCUGCUGGAGGGGACGCUGCCGUACCGCCGCACCCGGAGGCAGUCAGCUCCUGCUAAAGACAUCGAGGCGGCGUUCCGGCCUGGUGCAGCUCUGAAGGUGAGAUGUGAGCUUGGAGGCAUCCAGUCCAGUCGCUCAACAAAGUUCUUGUGUUUCCUGAAGCGAUGA